GAUAUCAGACUCGCGUUCGAAACUGCCGCUAGAAGAACAUAUAAGGAAGUUCAGACGUUUUUUUAUAUAUUCAAUGAAGUUUUUCAAUAUUUUGAACGUACGUGUAUUUUAUUUUAUUUUUUGAAAGUAAAAUGUCAAUUUUUAAAAGCAUGAUUAUUUUAUAAAAAGAAAAUCAUCCGAACAGACUAUAAAGUGGUAAUCCAGAACAUAAGAUUUGUUUUUAUACUACUAUUAGAAGUUAGCACAAGGUCAUAAAUAUAAACAUGUAUACGAUGCGAGCUGCUUUGUUGUGCCUAUCAUUAUUUUUGUUCUACGGACAAGAUAAAGUUAAAUCAUCGGAGUAUCAUAUGGCAGAUGCUAUAGAAGACUUAAAUUUUUUCAUUCCUGGCUCCAAAGUAAUUUUAACUACAGCAAUAAAGAUUUGGACAGUAUAUGGUGAAGUGAGACAAUUAAUCGAUCCAAAUUCAACUUCUCUCAUGGAAGAACACCUGCAAGAAAUCUCAAAUACUUUGUCGGAAAUUACUGAACAACUAGAUCUCAUGUCCGAUAAGUUAGACAACAUCUCUGAUGAUAUUAGAGACGUUAAAAACUUGAUUACUGAUAAAGUAAUAAAUGAUUUACCUAAAGAAUUGAGUUUGGAUAACAAACUAAUCAAUAUUUACGGUGAUAUUAAUAAAGUUAAUGGAAUGUUUGAAAAAUUUCUCCUCUACAAUAAUGUUUCAAAGCAUUACGAGAAUUCAACAUUAAUAAACUUUGCGAAUAGAGUCGUCGAUCAUAGUCUCGGUGAACUAUCCUCCGUAUUAAAUCAAAUUCACCACUCAUUGGUGGACAGAUAUACGGGGAUAAAUAUGCUUGAUAUAAUGUCCAAUUCUAAAUUGGCAUCUUCGAUGAUGUGCAAAAGGCGAGAAUCAGCUCAACAUUUUAUAAAUAAUUUAUAUAAUAAUAUAAUGCUUGUCGAAACAAAAGCUCUUAUAAUGACGCAGUUCGCAUACUCGGUUAAAAAUGCGUUUAGUAACAAAACCACUAGUUAUAUAACAGAACUCGAUGAUGCAACGACUGAUUCUUAUAUUAGGACUUCAGCAAGUAUUGCAGAAAUUAAAAAAGCUAUGUAUGUGGCUCCUCGGGAUGUUUGGAGUUGUGAUCCUCCAGAACACAAGGAAGAUGAAACGUAUACAAAGCUUGCGCCUAUUUUCCAAACAUACAUCAUGAAAGAAAACGACGCGGGAAUCUCGUCGUAUUUAAAUAAAUAUACCAACAAAUGCAGUGACACGUGCACAGAACGAACGGAUACCUACGAUUUGUGCAGAACAAAAUAUUGCCAACAACAUGGCAGAAAAUGUUCGGGCAGAGUACACGAUUGCAAAUCCUCUUCUGCUGAGCUAAAGAUAUGUGAAGCAGACAAAAACAGUACCAAGAGAUAUAACUCCAUAACUUUGACUGGAAAACAAGCAGAAGUUUUGGGAUCCAUAGUACCAUGCGCAAGAAAUACUGCUAUUAAUCUUCGUGAAAAAAUCCAUUACAUCUAUAGAUGCGAAUAUUGCUUUUGCAUUUGCGAUGACAGCAAUACCGAAAUUGAUCGUUAUUUUAGUUUGAGAAACGUUACUUCUGACGCGAAUAAAAAUUAUGUUGUGACUGGCAUACGAUUCGCAAAAAAGAACAAUAUUAUUCACAUUCAAAUUGAACAAGGGCAACUGUUAAAAAAUGGAAACGUUAACGAAAGCACAGCUCAUUGGAAAGCAGUUGAUAAUUUCACUAUUUACGAUAAGAUGAUUCUCAUCGAUAGAGAUUAUCAUAAUAUUACAUGGUCUCAAAGAUCGGUGGAUCUAGAUACCGUAGAUUCACCUCUAAACAACGUUAUUACAGGUCUUAGAUUCCAAAAUGUGGAUGGUCAUCUCAAACUGGAAAUACAAGUAACACCAAUCGACUUCUACAGAGGUGAACUUAAGAUUGAUGAAUCAACUUGGAUUUCUAACUCAAAAAGCGUUCACGGAAGAAUUGAACUGAACGUGGAAAAUUUGGAUUUAGGAACGUCUACGUAUGUAAAUCUUCCUGAUUCAAGUACCAAUCAGUUCUUGAAAUUUACUACAAGUUCUAUGAAAACAGACGUAGGACAAACAGUAGUUCCAUUCAUAGAUCUUCAAGAUGUUACAUCAUCCCCUCCAGUACUUCUUUCGGGAGCGGGUUUAAUACAUAGAGGGGAUAAACAAUCAGCUGGAUUUUUAUCGUUUAAAGCAAUUACCUACAAUUAUGCACCUUAUUUACAAGAAAAAUAAGAAAGUCAGCCACAAAUUUUGCAUCAUUGUAUAUCAUGAUGGAUUUGUAAAUUUUGUUAUUUGAUGUUUGCAUUGAUUUUUUUACUCUUUCUACUAAUUUUUUAUUGAUUGUAAUAUAUAUUAUAUAAAUAUUGAAAUUUAACUGUGAGAUUAUAUUUAUUAUAUACGUGCGCGUGUAUUGGUAUUAUAAAUGAGCAGAAAUGGAGCAGAAUAAAUAGAUUAAUUGUUUCUAACACAGCAGAAUAUCGAUGAAUCUCCAACUGCUUUUUAGUUUUAACAUAUUUGCCAGUAAUAAAACAUGAAAAAUGUUGGAAAGAUUUCAUUUUGAAAUGUGGAGUAACUCAUGAUCAAUAGCAUUAUAAAACUUUUUCAAACAUACAAAAAAGGUUUUUAGUAUCAGAUACAAGAUUUUAACCCAUUAACGUCCAAAACAGAGAAAUCGUAACUCUGUUUUCAACCGUAAAUCUAUCACAUAUUCCACGAAUAUAUUCAAAGCAAACAUACUUUUUCUGAAGUAUUUUUUUCUCUACUUUCCAUUUCUGGUAUCAGAAUUGCGUAUUUUUCACUCAAAAAUCCAAUAUGGCGACGUUUAAAAGAAAAAAUGCAAAAUUUCGAUACUUUUUUUUUAAAUCCAAUUUCUUGUUGUGUUAACGUUGAGGACCGAACUUUAUUUUUCAACUAUGAGUGCAUAAAUGAGUUGUACUUUAAAUUCAGUUUGGUCCCGAAUCCAGAAAUUCAAUAUGGCGGCUAGAAAAUGGCGCCUGAAGCGCAAAAUUUUGCCCAAACUUUCACGAAUUUUUUUCUCGAAUAUAAUGCAUUCGACGAAAAAAUCAAUAAGAAUAAAAAGUGCUUAGAAUCAAUCAAGGAAUAUGUCUAAAUUUUUUCACUGAGUUUUGAGCAACUUUUUUAUUUUUGCCAAUUGGCAAUUUAUGACAAAUUGAAAAAAUUCAUCGAAUCGUCUCGAAAAAAUUCAGAUAUACUUCUUGGUCAAUUAUAAGUACUUUUUAUUCUCUAACUUUUUCUUAUAUAACGCUUUGUUUUUGAGUAAAAAAUCAAAAACCUUAAAAAAUUGCAAUGAUGUUAUGCCAUGCAUUCGAUCAAAAAAGUGGACGUGGGUGGUUUUUAUUAGAUUACUUCAGGCCGCUGUCACCAAUGCAGUAGUACUUUAUAAUUGUGCUAAUCCAAGUCACAAAAAAAGUUCAAAAGAAUUUCUGAUGGAUAUUGUGAAAUACUAUCUGACUAGACCUAAAGUUGAUGACAUUGUUCAUGAAACAGUAUCCCUCAAACAACAGAAGCUCUGCUGUUGCAAGCCAUGUGUCAUUAGGACAAACAAAUUUUGCAAAAAAUGCAAUAAUUUUUAUUGUAAAACGUGUUUUAUAAAAAAUCAUAACAGUUCCUAAAA